ACAUACUCUAUAUGGCUCCUAUAACUUCUAUAAGUUUAUGGGUCUAGACUUUGCAGUGUGAGAUUAGUCAACGUCGUUUCUUGAGCUACAGGUUUCGCAGGGGAUCAGAAACCUAGAAGAGAAACAAUGACUCAAUACAAUCAACCUCCCGUUGGGGUUCCUCCUCCUCAAGGUUAUCCGCCGGAGGGGUAUCCACCGCAGGGUUAUCCGCCGCAAGGCUACCCACAGCAGGGUUACCCUCAGCAAGGCUAUCCUCCUCAGUAUGCGCCCCAAUAUCCUCAGCCACAGCAGAAUCAGCAGCCGCAACAACAGAGCAGUACUACUGGCUGUCUAACAGGAUGUCUUGCUGCUCUCUGUUGUUGCUGGCUAUUCGAUUGUUGCGCAGAGCUGGCACUUUAAUUGCAAGAGAGUGUUUGCAACACAAGAACCUUGGUUGGAAUUAAAAUAAAUUGCUGGAUAUAUUAUCUCGUCUACUCACUCUGUUUCAAAAUGUUACAUGUUUUAGAUUUUACACAUGUAUUAAUAAAACAUAUAAAUUUAUAUUAAAUACAUAAUUUUCUGUGAUUA